AUGGUCCGACACAGCGCCAGGAGCCUGAGUGAACGCGCACAUCAACAAAGCCAGGAACAAGAGCAGGAUCCGAAUGCAGAGGACAGCCAGGACGGGAGGACGCUCAGAGGCCGCUGUCACUACAGACGCAGGCGCUGCUCCCGAAGGCGGCUGUACAGGAUCCACAGAAGGCGGCGCCGCUCAUGCCGGAGACGCCGGAGACGUUGCUGUAGGCACAGGAGGCACCGUAGAUCCCCGCCCAGGUUGUCUGGAUUGCCCUAUGAUCAGAACUUUCUUUUCCAAAAGGUCGCAGAAGAUGCAGGAGGAGAAGAUACAGAAGGUGUCGUUAGACCUUCCUGGGCCCAUCCAUCACACACCUGGUUGGAAAUCAAGGAAAAGUCACCUGACAAGGAACCACCUCACAUGA